AUGGAGCAGCGGCGGCUGAGCCCCGGCAGAGCCGAGCGGGGCAGCGCCGAGCGGGGCAGCGCCGAGCGGGGCAGCGCCGCCGAGGGCGCCAACAGCGGCGGCCGGGGGCGCCUGGCCGAGUCCUGGCGGCGGCUCAGCUCCCGGCGCGGCUCCAAGCGCACCGGAGCCUCCUCGCCCGCGCUGCCGGCACAGAAAUCAUGGAUAGAAAGAGCAUUUUACAAGCGAGAAUGUGUCCAUAUCAUACCCAGCACCAAAGACCCCCAUAGGUGUUGCUGUGGGCGUCUGACAGGCCAACACAUUGGACAGCCUCCAAGCGCCUCCGUUACUCAGAAUGAGAAAAGUGAAACCAGGCUGGCUCGCAAUGACAUCCAGUCAGAGAAGUGGUCCAUCAGCAAGCACACGCAGCUCAGCCCGACGGACGCCUUCGGAACCAUCGAGUUCCAGGGAGGAGGCCACUCCAAUAAAGCCAUGUAUGUACGUGUGUCUUUUGACACAAAGCCUGACCUUCUUCUGCAUUUGAUGACCAAAGAGUGGCAACUUGAGCUCCCCAAACUUCUCAUCUCUGUGCACGGGGGCCUUCAGAAUUUUGAACUUCAGCCAAAACUCAAACAGGUCUUUGGAAAAGGACUUAUUAAGGCUGCAAUGACAACUGGAGCAUGGAUAUUCACUGGAGGAGUAAACACAGGGGUCAUUCGGCAUGUUGGAGAUGCCCUGAAAGAUCAUGCCUCAAAAUCUCGAGGGAAGAUCUGCACCAUCGGUAUAGCUCCCUGGGGGAUUGUGGAAAACCAAGAGGAUCUGAUUGGCAAAGAUGUGGUCCGACCAUACCAGACAAUGUCCAAUCCCAUGAGCAAGCUGACAGUGCUCAACAGCAUGCAUUCCCAUUUUAUUUUGGCUGACAAUGGUACUACUGGUAAAUAUGGAGCAGAGGUAAAGCUUCGUAGACACCUGGAAAAGCACAUUUCACUUCAGAAGAUAAAUACAAGAAUUGGCCAAGGGGUUCCUGUGGUGGCCCUUAUUGUGGAAGGAGGUCCCAAUGUCAUCUCCAUUGUUCUGGAGUACCUGCGAGACACUCCCCCUGUUCCUGUUGUGAUAUGUGAUGGCAGUGGCCGAGCAUCUGACAUCCUUGCCUUUGGCCACAAAUAUUCUGAGGAAGGAGGACUGAUCAACGAGUCUUUGAGGGACCAGUUGCUAGUUACCAUCCAGAAGACUUUCACAUACACCCGAACUCAGGCACAGCACCUCUUCAUUAUCCUCAUGGAGUGCAUGAAGAAGAAGGAGCUGAUCACAGUUUUUCGAAUGGGAUCAGAAGGACACCAGGAUAUUGAUUUAGCUAUCCUGACAGCACUACUAAAAGGAGCGAAUGCAUCUGCUCCCGACCAGCUGAGCCUAGCGCUAGCCUGGAACAGAGUGGACAUCGCCCGCAGCCAGAUCUUUAUUUAUGGGCAGCAGUGGCCGGUGGGCUCCCUUGAGCAAGCAAUGCUGGAUGCACUGGUGUUGGACAGAGUGGAUUUUGUGAAAUUACUCAUAGAAAAUGGAGUAAGCAUGCAUCGUUUUCUCACCAUCUCCCGGCUAGAGGAAUUGUACAAUACGAGACACGGACCAUCCAACACUCUGCAUCAUCUAGUCAGGGAUGUGAAAAAGCGAGAAUAUCCAGGUUUCGGUUGGAUCUAUUUUAAGGGAAACUUACCUCCUGAUUACCGGAUAAGUCUGAUUGAUAUUGGGUUGGUGAUAGAGUACCUGAUGGGAGGAGCGUACCGCUGCAAUUACACCCGAAAGCGGUUCAGAACACUGUACCACAACUUGUUCGGGCCCAAGAGGCCAAAAGCUCUGAAGCUGUUGGGAAUGGAGGAUGAUGUCCCUUUGCGUCGAGGCAGAAAACCAACAAAGAAAAAAGAAGAAGAAGUUGAUAUUGAUAUGGAUGACCCUGAGAUCAAUCACUUUCCGUUCCCAUUCCACGAGCUGAUGGUGUGGGCUGUGCUGAUGAAACGUCAGAAGAUGGCCCUCUUCUUUUGGCAACACGGGGAAGAGGCUAUGGCUAAAGCUCUGGUGGCCUGCAAACUCUGCAAAGCCAUGGCCCACGAGGCAUCAGAAAAUGACAUGGUGGAUGACAUAUCCCAAGAGCUGAACCACAAUUCCAGGGACUUCGGCCAGCUGGCGGUCGAGCUGCUGGACCAGUCAUACAAGCAGGACGAGCAGCUGGCCAUGAAACUGCUGACCUAUGAGCUGAAGAACUGGAGCAACGCCACAUGCCUGCAGCUUGCAGUGGCAGCCAAGCACAGGGACUUCAUCGCUCACACUUGCAGCCAGAUGCUGCUCACUGACAUGUGGAUGGGUCGUCUCCGGAUGCGAAAAAAUUCUGGCCUAAAGGUAAUUCUAGGAAUUCUACUUCCUCCUUCAAUCCUCAGCUUGGAGUUCAAGAACAAAGAUGAUAUGCCCUACAUGACCCAGGCCAAUGAGAUCCAUCUUCAAGAAAAAGAUCCAGAAGAACCAGAGAAGCCAGUGAAAGAAAAAGAUGAGGAAGACAUGGAACUCACUGCAAUGCUUGGACGGGGCAAUGGAGAGUCCUCAAGAAAGAAGGAGGAUGAGGAAGUUCAGAGCAGGCACAGAAUGAUCCCCAUUGGAAGAAAGAUCUACGAGUUCUACAAUGCUCCCAUCGUGAAGUUCUGGUUUUACACUCUGGCAUACAUAGGCUACUUGAUGCUGUUCAACUACAUUGUGUUGGUGAAGAUGGAUCGCUGGCCAUCUAUUCAGGAAUGGAUUGUCAUCUCAUACAUUUUCACUCUGGGAAUAGAGAAGAUGAGAGAGAUCCUCAUGUCAGAGCCUGGGAAGCUGCUGCAAAAAGUCAAAGUUUGGCUCCAGGAGUACUGGAAUGUUACUGACCUCAUAGCUAUCCUCCUGUUCUCUGUUGGGAUGGUUCUCCGCCUGCAAGACCUGCCUCUACGGAGCGACGGCCGCGUCAUCUACUGCGUCAACAUCAUCUACUGGUACAUCCGGCUGCUGGACAUCUUCGGUGUCAACAAGUACCUGGGGCCCUACGUCAUGAUGAUCGGGAAAAUGAUGAUAGACAUGAUGUACUUUGUCAUCAUCAUGUUGGUGGUUCUGAUGAGCUUUGGUGUGGCAAGACAGGCCAUUCUCUUCCCCAAUGAGGAGCCUUCGUGGAAGCUGGCGAAAAACAUUUUUUACAUGCCUUACUGGAUGAUCUAUGGGGAAGUGUUUGCAGACCAGAUAGACCCACCUUGUGGUCAAAAUGAAACCAGAGAAGAUGGCAAAAUUAUCCAGCUACCUCCCUGCAAGACAGGAGCAUGGAUCGUUCCUGCCAUCAUGGCCUGCUACCUCUUGGUAGCAAACAUCCUUUUGGUGAAUCUCCUCAUUGCAGUUUUCAACAACACGUUUUUUGAAGUCAAAUCUAUAUCAAACCAAGUUUGGAAGUUUCAAAGGUACCAGCUCAUCAUGACAUUCCACGAAAGACCUGUUCUCCCACCACCUCUGAUCAUUUUCAGCCACAUGACAAUGAUAUUUCAACACCUCUGCUGCAGAUGGAGGAAGCAUGAAAGUGACCCAGAUGAGAGAGACUAUGGAUUGAAACUUUUCAUAACUGAGGAUGAAUUGAAAAAGGUCCAUGAUUUUGAAGAGCAGUGCAUAGAAGAGUAUUUUAGAGAAAAGGAUGACAGAUUCAACUCCUCCAAUGAUGAAAGAAUCCGUGUCACUUCAGAAAGGGUGGAGAACAUGGCCAUGCGGCUGGAAGAAGUAAACGAGAGAGAGCACUGCAUGAAGGCCUCUCUGCAGACUGUUGACAUCAGGCUUGCUCAGCUGGAAGACAUGAUGGGACGAAUGGUGACUGCCUUGGAAAAGAUGGCUGGCAUUGAGAGAGGCGAGACAACCAAGAUCCGAUCCAGGACCUCAUCCGACUGUACUGAUGCAGCCUACAUUGUGAGGCAGAGCAGCUUCAACAGUCAGGAAGGAAAUACCUACAAGCUUCAAGAGAGCAUUGAUCCCACAGGAGAGGAGUCCAUGUCCCCAACGUCACCUACGAUCACACCCCGCUUGCGAAGCCAUUCCUUCUAUGCAACAAAUAUAAAGGACAAGUGUGGGUUGGAAAAGCUGGAAAGCAUUUUUAAGGAAAGAUCUCCAAGCCUGCAUCGGGCAAUCAGUUCCCACUCAAUAGCAAAAGAAGGAAAGGCUCCUUUACCCCCUACCAGCACUUUGUCAAUCGCCCCAGACUCCAGAAGACCUUCGUCUUGCAUAGACAUCUAUGUUUCUGCCAUGGAUGAGAUGCAUUCUGACACAGAACCUCUCGAGAGCUCCAUAAAUAUUCUUGGUCCUGAAGAUGCAGCUCUGCCAGCUCACAUAGCCUCUUCCCUUUUAACUAAUAGUGCAUACAUCAGCAGUACAGCUGGUGAAAAGAUCUCUGGUAGGAGUCUUGAUUAUGAGGAAACUUCUGGAAUAGAAACAAGAGCAUUUUCUUCAGACUAUUCACAAAUCACAGACUGCCAAAUCCCGUGGGAUUCAGACCCUCCCUUGUAUCAUACUUUAGAGCGAUCAAAAAGUAGUCGUUACCUGGCUACCACUCCAUUUAUUCUGGAGGAAACACCAAUUGUGAAAUCUCACAGCUUCAUGUUCUCUCCUUCUCGAAGCUACUUCAGCAGCCUUGGUGUCCCAGUCAAAACAGCAGAGUACACAAGUAUUACAGAUUGCAUAGACACGAGGUGUGUGAGCGCUCCCCAGGCCAUUGCAGAGAGGGCCAGUUUCCCUGGAAGCCUCAGGGGCAAAGUGGAAGACUUGGGAUGCUGCCACCCAGAGAGAGAAGCUGAACUAACCCACCCAAGCUCCGAUCAUGAGGAUAUCGAGGUCAAAGACAAGAAGGGAAUCCCCUUAUCUCCUCAAGACAGCAGUGCUACAACAACUCUGCCCAACAGCAUCCCACUCCCAAAGAUAGAGCGAGCCAACAGCUACUCUGCAGAAGAGUCCAGCGUGCUGUAUGCACAGCACACACGGAAGAGCUACUCCAUCAGUGACAAACUUGACAGGCAGCGAAACGCAGCCGGCCCACGGAACCCCUUGGAGAGGAGCAAGUCCUCGAGGCCAGAGAGCAGAGGGGACAACCUGUCCAUGAGGAGACUGUCAAGAACUGGAGCCUUCUGCAGCUUUGAAAGCAAGCACAGCUAGGCUUAUACAAAGCUCACCAGCAGUCUAAGGGUCAUCUGCUUUUCAGUCUGUUUUUCUUAGCAGAAUUUUUUAAAAACCCUCACAUCACCCUGUGUUGAGUCCAAUUGGCAUUAGCCACGGGUCAAGGGAGCACAUUUUUAAUCUCAGCAUCACUACAGUUGUACUCCAUCUUGACCCAAUUGACAUUUGCACUUAAGAAAAAAGGGAGGGAUGAAAGCUUUACAAAACCUUCAGUAAACAAGAGGAAUAACAAGACCCCUUAAUGAAGUCAGAAGACAGAUUAAUAGCUCCAGAUAUCUGCCUUUUAUUAGAGGGUAUCCUAAGACCUUUUAUCAUUAUUCAAGUUUUUAAGAUGCAGGAAUUAACUGGCAAAAAAAAGAUGUACAAAUUAGGUGUUCCAAACUUCAAUCACAACUUCUUUUUCAUCUAUGUCACUAUUGUGAUGACUGGUGAAAAGCAUUUGUUAUUUCUGUAGGAACUGGCAGCAAAAAACCCUAAAGUCUCCCAAGUCCCUUGCAUCCCAUAUUUGUGGAAAUGAAGAAAGAUGAACACAACAACAACUAUAAAUGUUCACUUGUCUCCUUUUGUAUCAACUUCUAGUGCCACAGAAAGUUUAUAUUUUCAAGAGUGGAAAGGGAAAUGAAAUGCCUUCUUUACUGCAACUUAAAUGGAAGAAGAAUUUGUGUUAAAAUGUCAGGUGAUUUCCUGUGUAAAACAGGCAUUCUAGAUUCUAGCACAGGUGAGCAAGCUCAGGAUGAAUGUAAUUAAGUGGAGUAGUAUAUAUUUAUUUUUUUACCACAUUUGCCAUCAGUAUGUUGUCUCGCUAAAUCAAAGGAUAUAAUGAAACAGUAAGUACAAGACGAUCAGAGCAGAGCACAGUAAUAGUGUCCAGUUCUCAUGGCUCAGUUUAAUUAUAUAUAUAAAUUGGGAGAUUUAUCCACCAUGCUGCUACCAGGUUCUUCUUGCUGUUUCAUUUGAGCUGCCGAUUCUUCACAUCAUUCUCCCACCUAUAAAAUUCACACCUUUUUCCCCUUUUUUUUCAUGUGAACAUAGCUGUAUUUGGACUUUUUAAAUUAUACAGGAUUUAUCAAGAAGUCUGAAUCCAGAUUCGUGUAUUUAGACUGAAGCUGCUUAAAGCAAAGUAUUUUUGGCAGAGGACUGGAAAA